AAAGCAGAUUUUAAGGUAGAUCUAAUAUACCAUUUUUUUAAUGUAUUUUUAUAGAUACGUUCCAGCAGGUGAAAGUAUCGACCUUAUUAAUGUUGCUUUUGAGCUGCCGAUAAAAGCGGAUACCUCUGAAAGUGAGCAUCAGAUUUUUGACAUUUCAUAUGAUGUCCCUGACAGGAUCACCGGUCGAACAGGCCUAGAAGAAUUAAAGAAUCUUAAUCCAAAAAGAGUGUGGAAUUUUUUGGAGGUCAACGUAACACAUGAGGAACUUCAGUCUAUGAGAUCAUCAAGAGUAAGUGAUCUGGUAUAUCCACAUAACACUGUUCUGGAUGAUAGUAUUGGUUGUGCCAUAUGGUUUGCUGCAAGGGGGAAAGACAAGCAUUCGUACACAAGUCAGUGCAAAGUUGUACUUGUUGGUAUGGGAGCAGAUGAACAGUUGGCAGGAUACGCAAGACACCGAACACGAUUUAGGGCUGAUGGUUGGCAAGGUCUCGUUGAUGAGCUGGAGAUGGAGCUUGACAGGAUUCCACAAAGAAACCUCGGCAGAGAUGACAGAAUAAUAGCAGAUCAUGGUAGGGAAGCCAGAUUUCCUUUUUUAGAUGAAAAUGUCAUUGCAUUUCUUAACACUCUACCAAUAUGGAAAAAAGCUGAUCUUACACUACCCCGUGGACUUGGUGAGAAGAUUCUGCUUCGUUUGGCAGCCAGGGAAGUCGGGCUUGGACAUUCAGCCAUCCUUCCAAAGAGAGCCAUCCAAUUUGGGUCACGGAUUGCAAAGAUGGAACGGCAACAUGAGAAGGCUUCAGAUGUUUGCAGUCGUCUAGCUGUUAAAUGAUGCAAUACAGUACUAUAAAAACAGUGCAAUAUAUAAGAUGGCUACUGUGUAGUUCAAGAAUGUUUUUACGGGUAAUACUUAAAGGAUGAUCUGAACAAACUUGUUUGACAAAAUAAUAAUAAUUAUACAGUGUAAUGUAUUUUGUGUAUGUUAAUAAUUAGUGCUUAUUAGUGUAAGCUAAACAUUCAGUGCCAGAUAUUGUACUUUUUUAACGAAAUUAUAUCUAGGCCUGCAUUUCUGUUUGUGUUUUCUGUAUUCUAGUGAAGUGAAGCAGUGCAGUGUCUGCCAAGUGUUGCCCUGCAAAACAACAUAAAAUGUCAUAAUUGUCUAUCCUAUAAUUAAAAAUUUAAUGCUUGUUUAACUGUAUUAAUAGGACAUAAUUAAGCACUUACCCAUCCCAGCUGUUGACACUUCAACUUAUUACCAGUUACGAUGGCCUCGUCUCUAAUCAUGCAUAAUUUAUGGUAUUACACACUACAUGCUAGUUUAACUAGAAACAAUCACAGCCUUUAUUCGACCUACUUUUAAUGCAUAGAAACAGAGAGGGCGCACUUGCAUUUUAUUGCACUUGCCACAAUGCCUCUUAAACUCAGCAUAUUUCAAUAUCAAUACAUCUUAUAGAUACCCAACUUUUAUUUAUUUUCUAUUUUCUGUUUAAUAAGACGAUACAAAAAAAGAUUCAUAAACAAAACACAUAUUGGUAAAAAAAAAGAAGCUAGAAUUAAGCAAAUGAAUUAAAAAACAAACAUAAAAAUUUGAGUAAAAGAGAAAAAGGUUUAAAAGGGCAGCACAAAUCAGGCAGGCAAGAAAAUGGAGGAAGCAGAUCCCUUCCCAAGUGUUUGGUUGGUCAAGAAGAUGAGUGUUUAGGUUACGUUUAAAAGUGGAGUAUGAAACCGUGUUCCUGAUGUUAUCGUCUAUUGAAUUUAGAAAUGUUGGUGCUCUAUAACAAAAACUUUUUUU